UUGCUCAAGAAGGUUCUAACUGAUGACUCACCCUCUCUGAAGUAGUCCUGAUUUAGAGAUGUGUUAUAUUGAUUAAGAUGCAUCGCGCUUACCAGUCCGUUCUACCCUGUGUCAACAAAUACCUUCAGCAAAAGUGGGACAAAGCUGUCUAUGAGGAGCACAAGAGAAAGAUCCAAGCAGCCAAACCUGUGGUGGACACCUCUGCACCUCCAACAUAUCCACAUCUUGAACUGAAGUUAAAGAAACUCAAGCUUGAGAAAGAUCGCCUGGCAGUCAUUCAGAGAGACAACUGUUUACUCCUGGAGAAGAUGUCUCACAUUAUGAGGACUAAAGGAAGAAUCGAUAACAGAAAUGAUUAUGAAAUCAAAAGUCUGAACAGAAGAAAACGAGAGCAGGAAUUACUGAGAAUGACCAAAGAGAAUCAUGCCAUUCUGGAAAGGAUUUCAAAGUGUAAGUCUCAGUAUAAAGUCCAGAAAUGGAAUGAGGAGUGGCAAAAGGCAGAAGAGUACAUGAACAGUAUUGCAAGGUAUCCUCGUGGAUUCUGCAAGUCACGGAAUCAAAAGAAACAAAAGUAUAUCAAAAAAACACCAAGAGACAAACAGAAAACCAAGCAUCUGGAAGAUGGACGUCUGAUAGACAAACCAGAAGAAGAAAAGGGAAGCAAAGACAUAAACCAUGAGCAUAAAAAUGAAAAUCAAGGAGACAAGGUGUAAAUGAAUCAUUAUUUUAUGAUGGCAGUUCCGAAAAUGGAUAUCAGAAGUCCUGAUGUGAAGAAAAUCAUCAUUAUAAAACUAACAUUAUUAAAUCAAGAGUAAAUAUCAGAAACAUCUUAUUAUUUAACUUUAAAUGAUCUCUAGAAAUGUUUUUACCAGUUACUAGUUAUGAUAACAUAUAUAUUCAUUGGCUAGUAUAGCACUUCUGAAUAUAUCUACAAAUUAAAUUCCAUUCAAAUCAGGGUAAUUAAUCCCAAAUAAACCAUAUUAAGAAUAGGAAGAAAGUUGUAUUAGGUUAUUACCACAGCAUCCGAGGUCAAGAAUCCUGCAGUUGUAAGUUCCUGAGUAGGCACUGCAACCCAAUCUGUGACAGGAGCAACUGAAGCAAGCCUCUGGUGAAAGUCCCACCUGACAGAAGGUGAGGAAGGUCUGGGGGGUGCAGUACAGGAGGAGGCAGGGUUCCCCUGAUGAAGCCAUACCUACAGAUGAUCCCAUGGAUGAGGCCAGCAACAUCCCCCCUGUCAGGCUAGCAUAGACAAGAAGAGAGACUGUCUGAGGUAACAGAGGUAUAGGGUCACCAAGAUCCAGGUAAGGUCUGGAGAUCUCCCAGUAUUAUAACUAGAAGAA